UUCCCAUGAGAAAUGUUAGAACUAUUUUAAGUAGAUUUAGUUCAACUAUUCGGCUAUUCAAAGGAUCAGAUAACUACUAUCAAAAGUUAACUGGACGUGUUUGUGGAGACAGUAUGGGAAAAUGUGAUACAAAAUCGAGAACUUAGUAUGAUUUUGGAGUUGGUGCCAUUUUGGUACUCUGCUUUGGAUGAAUAUCGAAUUGCGUUGACUACAAAAAUUCAGUCGAGAUUUUGGAAGUCACAACCGAAAUGCAUUGCUACGGAUUCUGAGAACGCAUAUUAACAAUCGCACAUAUGAUACACACUAUAAGGUAAGUCACGCUAUUUGAUAUUUUUGAUAAGCCGCGUUUUCUCAGCUUAUCGUGUCAGUUUCGAAUUACUUCCCUUGCAAUAACGCCGUUUAUCUUUUCUGGCAGUCUGUGGGAAUCUAUUUUAGGAACAGAUCAAUCAAGACUGGAAAUCCCGCUAUCAGCGACUUUUGUUUUUGGAUCGAUUCCGUGUUUAAAACAGAAUAUUACUCAUGCUGUCUUUUAAAUGUUAGAAAACAAACCCGGAAAUACCGAUAUGCAUUUCGAAUAUACAAAUAACUUGGAAUAGACUGGAUGUUCUCACUACUUAAUCUGAGUUUCAGAAUGAAUUUGAAUGGCAGUGUAGUCCAGCCCGUGGUUAUAUCACUGACUGCAUUCAGCUUAUUACUUCUGUAAAUGUUGACAGUGUUUUACGAGGCAGAGAUAUUCACGUGCAAUGAGGUCAUCAACCGUGUAUCAUGUAUUUUUAAUCAGUUGGAUACAUUGUAUUGUUGUAAUCCUGUUCUCUGUUACCAUGACAACCCAAUCUACUGAUGGCGCUGCGGCAAAUGGCAUUUUUAAUAGCAGUGCUGGAAAUGAAAGUCAACGCGUAAAAUCAAUUUAUACGUUCCUGUCAAUAUUAGAUGUGCCAUGUCCUCCACAUAACAAUCUACAUUUAGUAUGUGUUGAUGAUAGCUUGGGCGAUCCUGGUUCAGCAUGUGACGACCGUGCAUUAAUUAUUGACAAGUGCCUGCAUCAAUUUCCCGGACUUUAUAACAAUUCCCACUGGAGUUUUUGUUUGAUGGAUGUUAAUCAAUGUGAAACUGUGUUAAAUGUUUUACGCAGUAAUGGCUUUAUAAAUAAAACAAUCGAUAAUGGAGAUUCAGUGACUGUGGUGCCUGUUGCUGUGUCGACCACUGUACGUUUAUACACUACAAGAUCUAAAUUUAACAUAUCAACGGCUUUAUCAAGUUCUACAUCGAAAUCACCGACAAGCUCAACACCUGCUCAUACGACAGAGUUUAGUAUACCAGCUUCCUCAACGUCAAAACCUUCAACGAUGAAAACGCCAUCUAGCGGCGACCAGUUCCCACCCGAUAUUUCAUAUAUCUAUCCGGUCAUAGGUGCUUUCCUGAUUGCCUGCGAAAUCGUAAUGCUAUGCAUAUUUUCAUGUAAUAAAAAGAAGAGAGAACAGAAUGCAACAUCGGGUUCUCUGGUGCUACAGGAGGAGGUGAUCGAACCCGAGACCGCCAGUCCAACCAAAGCCGCCUUACAUCCGAACUCUGUCUACGACGAAGAUAGUGUACUCAGUGAAGACAAGACAAUUUACAAAAGCUAUAUUAAUCUCAAAUAUAUAGAUGACACUUCGGCAGAAUCCACGCCGGAAAAGGUCCUCAUCAGAACUUAGCAUAACUAGUAUAACGUAUAAAUCAAAGUUAAUAAAGUUUGUAUAAUCGCGAAUUGAAACUCAUAUAUUCUUGCCAUAUAUUUUAGAUAUCCGUGUGUUCUAAAUGGACGUUGCAUAUAGAUUAAAACUUGGGCCUUGGUUAUUAUUUUAUGAUUUUACAUAUUUCAGUCCAUUAUGAAACCUUAGCGUAAUUAACAUAAUAUAUGUAAAUCAAAAUUAACAUAAUUUAAUGUAAUCGUAUAUGGAAACAAUUCCACGGUGUCGAUCCAAAACUUUAUAACAGAAAUUUGGCGAUAAAAUGUUUCUUAAUAAACCGUUUCCCGCUCAUUUCUGCCCAUUGAUGGUCUCGGUAACCAGUCAGGUUAUUUCAAUACACUUCUGUUUCACUUAUGGGAGUUCUCGUUAUUACAAAAGGGUGCGCUUACGUGCGGACGAAGACGUCCAGCAGUAACACUGUCUGAUUUCUAAACCAGGGGACGCAAUUUAGAGCCUCCGCUCCCCCAAAAAAUUCUAACAUUUAGGUAAAAAUCAAAAAUAAUGUGUUUGAGUGCUUUACCUCUAAAUCUUGCAAUAUCCUCCCACUUAUGAUACUAACAACCUUCUUGUAUAUAGGCAACUGUAGCAUUUACCUUUAAGUCAUAUAUGUCUGUGAUGGACAUACAACACGAUUUAAAACUAAGUUCUAAAUACCUUUGUUCAGAAGGUCUCGUCCUUGCUUGGACAGAGUAAAUACAUUUUUAUUCUCUCAUACAAAGUUUUUUGCACUUACAGAAUUUUGGAUCGACACCGUCGAUAUACUAGUAAUAUAUUUUUCGUAUGGUAUUUUAUAUAUCAAUGUGUUCAAACUGAACGGGCAUUGGUUACAAAAUUAAUUAUGAUUAUGUAGCAGUGAACAAACUACUGAAAUACAUGUAAUUGUAUAUGCAGCUUGAUUAUAUAUUGUAUUAGGUAUAUAUUUACAGGUGUAAGUAUUCCAGACAUUUAGUGUGUUUACACCUACUCACAUAUUUUCAUUUGGACAUCUUAUAUUAGCGGUUCGAAAACCGUAAGUGAUUCUAAAUAUACUGUUUCAGAUUAUAGACGUUGGAAAUUAAGUUGUUGUUUUUUGUUCUGAAGUAGAUUUCUUCAAUUCAUUCAUGAUAAAGAAAUAUUUAAAGAUGUGUUUCAUAAGAAAAGGACUUUCAGUAACUAGUAAGCCUACCGUUUCGUGGAAUGAAAGAAAACACCGUUUUAAUAUCGUUCAGAUUCUUUUCACAUGUAUCGUUUUGUUGUUUAUUUGAGCCGCGCCAUGAGAAAACCAACAUGGUGCGUUUGCGACCAGCAUUGAGCCAGACCAGCCUGCGCAUCCGUGCAGUCUGGUCAGGAUCCAUGCUGUUCGCUAAGGGUUUCUGUAAUUGCUAUAGGCUUUGAAAGCGAACAGCAUGGACCCUGUCUGGAUCCAUGCUGGUCGCAAAGCCACUAUGUUGGUUUUUCAUGGCGCGGCUCAUUUUCAGACUUUUCUUCAUUUACAAAGUACACGUGAAGUAAAAUCUUUCUAAAGAUGACAUAGCGUGAACAGUAUCGCGUUAGCAAGAACAUCUCGUCCAUGACAUUUAAAUCUGAUGAAAGACACUAUGGAAUAUAGAUGUUGCUACAAAACUGUUAUCGCUAAAAUAUAUGACAAAUGCAUAUACAAUCAAAUAUGCCCAUCGGUAUUUCAUUAUAAGCUAUGAGGAAUUUGAAAAGUGUAAGACUUUAUUCGGUAGCAAUUUUCAGGUGAUGUCCGAAGCAGGAAUAAGUCGAGCACGACAGCAAGUCAUGGGAAUUUCGCACGCACAUCAUCUAUUAAUAUUUGAAAAUUAUAAAUUUUCUGAAAUAUGUCUCAAUAGUGUAAAUAUCUCUUCAAUACAGGAAUUUUAAUUUUUCUUUCAAUUAUCUGACCCGAUUCUCCUGUUAAUAACUAUCAGGGUCUAUGAUGAGAUUGGGUUAUGGCUAGAAAUGUGCUUUUUAUACUACAGGUUCCUGUUAAUUGGUAUUUAUUUAUUUCAUUUUCUUCCAUUUAUGUUGUAUUUACUGUUGAAAAGUUAUAUGGCUUUGCAAAUGUCGUUUUUUGAAUACAUAAUAAAUAUUUGUUUAAAAGAAA